GGGCAGCCCACCGGCCCUGCCCGCGGGCAGGUCUCCUCCAUUUCCGUGGACGGAGAGAGAGAGAGAUUUAGAGAGAGAGAGAGAGAGAGCGAAACCCUUCUCGGCGAAGCCAAUCUCUGGUUGGUCGAAUCCCCCGGCGAAUUUAUCACAACUGCAAAUCGAGCUCUUUUGCUCCAGGAAUUGGUGCUUGGAUCGCUCUAAAAGUGGGAUUGGGAGAUUUUUCGCCGAGGAGUUUUUUGGAUCUGGCUAAUGACAUACGUAUCAAACAAAAUCUACCUUCUAUAUUAACUCAAAUUCCUCUUCUCGUCACUGGUAAGUUGGAUUGAGAAGCGACAAAAUGGGUCCGGAUAGUGGAGGACACCACCCAAACAACGCUAGUAUGGCCGCGAGGCAGCGGCUACGUUGGACGCAUGAUCUUCAUGAACGCUUUGUCGAAGCUGUGACGCAGCUGGGUGGACCGGAUAGAGCUACUCCUAAAGGAGUUCUUAGACUUAUGGGUGUACCAGGACUAACCAUAUACCAUGUCAAAAGUCACUUACAGAAAUAUCGGCUGGCAAAAUACAUUCCCGAGUCGUCAGCUGAUGGUAUGAAGACUGAGAAGAAAGAUCCUGGUGAUCUUCUUUCGGGACUGGAAAGCUCUUCCGGAAUGCAAAUAACUGAGGCUCUUAAAUUGCAAAUGGAGGUGCAAAAGCGGCUACACGAACAGUUAGAGGUACAAAGGCAGCUGCAGCUGAGAAUAGAAGCCCAAGGCAAGUACCUCCAAAAGAUCAUCGAGGAGCAGCAGCGCCUCAGCGGCGUCCUGGCCGAGGGCCCCGGCCUGUCUCUCCCCAGCCCCCCAGCCUCGGGGGGCGACAACUUACCUGAUCCCGACAAGACAGACCCCUCGACCCCGGCCCCGACCUCGGAGUCCCCAUUCCAAGAUAAAGCCCUACUCCAAGACGGCCUCUUGAAAAGCCAAUUCUCUCAUGAUGACGACUCGUUCUCCUCCUUCCGAGAGCCGCUGACCCCCGACUCCACGUGCCACGCGGCCGGCUCCCCUUCUGCUAGUCCCGACCGCAACCCUACCCACGAAAGGGCGAGCAAGCGGCUGCGUGGGGCCAUGGCCGCUGGGCACGGGAAGAACGAAGUGGUCCUCGCCCACCACAUUCUUGAGUCGAGCUCGGGCUUGGAUUUUCAGCAGCAUUGUUCGGUGUUUCCUGCCGCCCGCGGCGGCAGCGGCGGCCGGUUCAGUUCGUCGAGCACCUCGUGAUAUCGAUUUAGGAUCAAGUGAUGUAUUAUGAUCUAAUUGUUCACAUGUUAGUACUCUUAUUUGUAGAGACUAAUUUGUUGUUGUUGCUGUUGUUGUUAUUGUUGUUGUUGUUGUUGUUGAUCUUUUUUUAGAGAUGUUUAACUCUUUAUGCAGAGUUUUAGGUGUUGUUGAGAUGAUUGUAAUGUGAUAUAUAUAUAUAUACACACACAUCUGUUUAACCUCA